AUAGCUAUGAAUAUUCCUUUCCCACUGAGAAUCCUGAAGAGUACUGCCAAGCUCUGGACAUGCCAUAUAUGGGCAUUUUCCGUCCUAUUCUGUAUGCCACUAUGUUCCUGGUGGGAAUCGUCGGCAAUUCCAUCUUGAUGGGAGCCCUGGUCUUCAAAGUUGGAGUCCGCAGGCUGAUUGACAUCUUUAUCCUCAACUUAGCUGCCUCUGACUUUGUUUUCCUCCUCACAUUGCCACUCUGGGUCCACAAGGAGAUCUGGCAGGGGGUCUGGAGGUCAGGCUCCUUUCUCUGCAAGGGCAGUUCCUACAUCAUCUCAGUCAACAUGUAUUGCAGUAUCUUCCUCCUCACUUGCAUGAGUGCUGACCGGUACCUGGCCAUCAUGUACCCCUCUGUAGCCAGGAAAGUCAGAACAAGAUUCUACACUAAUGGACUUUGCAUCUGUGUCUGGCUUCUCUCCUGCCUCCUAGGGCUUCCCACCCUUCUGUCCAGAGAACUCAGGCAAUAUAACGGCCAGGCUUACUGCACAGAUGUGGCGCUCACACCUGCUAAACGGAUUGUGUCACUGGUAACGUUAAUUCUGGCCUUCUUUUUCCCCUUGCUGAGCAUCUUGACCUUCUACUGCUCCAUCACCAAGAAGCUCUGCAUACAUUACCAGAAAUCUGGGAAACAUGACAAAAAGCUGAGGAAAUCUAUCAAGAUUGUCUUCAUCGUAGUGGCUGCCUUUGUUUUCUCCUGGAUUCCCUACAACGUUUUCAAGCUUCUGGCUAUCAUCUCUGGGCUCCAGGACCUGAAGCCACCUUUCUGCCUUCCUUAUGUCCUUGCCCAGGCAGGCAUGGAAGUGAGCAGCCCCUUUGCAUUUGCCAACAGCUGUGCCAACCCUUUCAUCUACUACUGCUUCGAUGGCUAUAUCCGCAGGAACAUCUCGCAGUGCCUGUGUCCAUGGGUGAAGGGCCAGAGAGCUGGGAGCAGUUCCGACACCUUGGACACUCGCAUCAGCUACUCUUUGUCCACUUUUAUUCAUGGGGAGCAUGCAAUUAGGAAACGGAGACGCUCUCUGUCAUUCUGAGAGGAGCGGGGACUUUGGAAGGAGACAUUUCUUCCAAUGGAGAGAUGAUGGGGAAAGAAAGGUCCACCGAAAAAAGCAUGAAGGCAAAAAAAGAAAAAGAGCGUGAGAGUGAAAGGGAUAGAGAGAAUGAGUGAGAGAGUGCAAUAUGGUAGCACUUCUAGUUACAGAGGAAAAUAUCAUGUUAAUUUCCUUUAAUUAUAUAAAAAGAACAGGAGUAUUUGUGGCACCUUAGAGACUAACAAAGGUAUUAGAGCAUAAGCUUUCAUAGGCUACAGCCCCACUUCAUCGGAUAAGGAUGCAUUAUCCAAAGAAGUGGGCUGUAGCCCAUGACAGCUUAUGCUCAGAUAAAUGUGUUAGUCUCUAAGGUGCCACAAGUACUCCUGUUCUUUUUGCGGAUACAGAUUAACAUGGCUUCUACUCUGAAACCUUUAAUUAUAUAAUUAUAAUUGGAAUAUAACACUGUAACUAUAGGGUAACUACAGGGUUCUGCAGAUUACUGUGUAAUUACAUUGAGCAGAUCUAAAACUAGUCUACAGAGAAAUAUACACAAAUGCUUAAAAUCAAAAUCCCAAUGCUCUGCACAAAUAACUACAAACUGUAGAGCAACUCACCAGAUUCAGAACUAGCCUGUCACACUCAGGAAGCCUGUGAGCGGAAAUGCGCAAGUUCUCAUUAGAGUGAAGCACAUAAUGCAGAAAGAAUAAUGAGUUUAUUGAGUUUAUUGAGUUUACCUUCUUUUUCGAAUGUGGAAAACCCAUCAAGCAGUCAUGAUUUUCUCAACAUGUAUUUGUUACUCAAAAUUUGUUGAGGUUUUUGAUUUUGUGCAUUUUGUUUAUUCAUUCUAGUGGUGUCAGCUCUCACAGUUUUAUUAUGAUUCUCACAAUAUUUGAUGUCUUUCUUAGAGCCUCAGUUUCUGGAAAAAUGGAAUUAUGGGAGAAUCCUAAAUGUCCUUUAAAAUAAGUUUCUAGCCCUCACAGUUGCAGAGAAAAGCUGGAAAACGUGACCCAAGUGUAACUUGGAGGCUCAAAGCUAAAUGGCAAAUAAAAAGAAUCCAACAUUUAUUAUUUUCAUAAAAUAUUGAUUGUUAAGACAACCAUGAUAUUUUGGGGCUUGACUCAUGUUGUCAAUGCUGUAUUGUUCGAAAUCCAAAAUUCAGCUUGUGUUGCUUACCGCAGUUAAUAAUUUCAGUCACCUGGUAUUGUUACAGUUCCCAUAUCGGAGGAGUGCAGCUCCUGCAGUCAGGUUUCUGGUGCAGAUGUUUGUGGAAAGCAAAAUUAAAAUGUGUGUCCCCCCCAAGUAUUUGAAUGCUUGAGUUUGGAAUUUGUUUUCUGUGAGCAUUCAUGGUAGCAAGAUUCAGUCACAUGAAUGUUCACAGAAGGGAACACAAAAGGGGGAAAGUGUUAGUUUGUUAAAAAGGUGAGAGAAUAUUCACACAAAACAGGUUUGCAGCAAUUGCAGGGUUCUCAUUUUUGCUGGUGGUUAAACCACUAGUGAUCUUUUAGAAAUGCCUAUGCCAUAGAACUGUACAUUUGAUAUGCUGUAGCAAACACACCAAUUGUCCAAAUAGUGCCAGCUCUGACGGCAAAUGGGAUGGUUUUUAUCACCAUGGGCAAAACUGGAGGAGCAUGUAAAUUCCACAGAUUGGGACUAUAAAUUCUGUAAAGCCAACUCAUGUUUUUUCAUUUUCUCCCCCUUUUUCAAUUUUAAAAGCCCAGUCAUGUAAAUACUCACCCCUAAAAGCUAGCCCAAUGUUAGGUUUAUACAGUUAAAACGCUGAGAACUAAGGUUCUACCAGAAAUGUUAACUCAGUUGUGUUGCAACAUGUCCCAUACUCCUGUUUUACUUGUUAAACAUGUAGCUUAAUCUACUAUUGCUUGUCAUAAAAACAAUAAAUCUAUACCAUAAAGCAUCCAGGAUUUGCAAUGUUUAGAGAUUGCCAUUUGAAAGAUUAGAAAUUCCCUUUUGAAUUUCCUGAGUUUUUACAAUUUUAUCUUUCUUUAUUCCUGUUUUUUUCUUUUGCAUUUAGCCUUUCUAGAUCCAAAACUAGUUAUUGCAAAACCUACAAUAGGGUUUAGAGGGCAGAAAUCAUUUGAUAAUCAUCACCAUAUGAUAAAAUGAACAUGUUGCAAUUCAUGAUUUUCAAUAUAGGUAAAGAGAUCUUACAGAUAUUUGUAGCUAUUUAAGGUGAAGAGAUGCAGCUCUGCUACGGGAGGAAAUCACCCGCACGACAUGUUUAAAAACAACAAAAGUU